AUGGCCCACCCAAUCAUUGACGUGAAUUUAACAGCCAAUGUUUCACAAGAUUUGAUGUUCGAGAAACAUGUAGCCUUUUUAAAAGCCUUGGAAAAAAAGGAAGACCCGAUGUUAGACCACAUGAAGCUAUCGGGAAUUUAUUGGUCACUCACUGCGCUUGAUUUGAUGAAGAGGCUUGAUGUUAUUGACAAGGCAAAUGUACUCGACUUUGUUAAAUCCUGUCAAAAUAUUGAUGGGGGAUUUGCUCCAGCGCCUGGUCAUGAUUCGCAUAUCCUAUCUACCCUCAGUGGUAUUCAAAUUCUUGCCAUGUAUGAUGAGUUCCAGAGUUUUAACUGUAAUGAGGCUGUUAAAUACAUUUCAACCUUACAGAACCCAGACGGGAGUUUCAACGGUGACAAAUGGGGGGAAGUUGAUUCUAGGUUCAGUUUCUGUGCUCUGGCUGCACUCAGUCUCUUGGGUAUCAUUCCAAUCGGCGUGCGUGACUUCUCUCAACCCAUUGAAGGUGUCAAUAUUCGCAUGGCUAUAGAAUACCUCGUUCGGUGCCAAAAUCCUGAUGGCGGGUUUGGAACUCGUCCAGGCAGUGAGUCUCACGCCGGACAAGCCUAUUGCGUUAUCGGUGCUCUCUCCCUGCUUAACCAAUUAAGACGGUUGGACAUUGGCAAGGCGGCUUGGUGGUUGGCUGAACGGCAGCUACCCAGCGGUGGACUCAAUGGCAGACCUGGCAAAGAGCCGGACGUCUGUUAUUCAUGGUGGGUCCUUGCCUCGCUUACAAUUCUGGGUCGUCUCAUGUGGAUUGAUGCUGCCGAUCUGGCCAAGUUCAUCUGUGCCAGUCAGGACUCGGAGACUGGCGGUAUAGGGGACCGUCCUGGCAACAUUCCUGAUCCCUUCCACACCCUUUUCGGCCUUGCUGGUCUGUCUCUGCUCUCCAGACUGAACGCCAAAAAGGCACCUGAGGCAAAUGAGAGUGGGAAUGAAAAAGUUUGCGAUCCCCUCUCCGUGGCAUCAUACGCCCUACGGGAGAUUAAUCCCGUCUUCUGCAUGCCUCAGUACAUUAUUGACAGACUUUCCAUUCGUGGCUAUCUUGGAGUUGGAAUGGGCAAACCUCUAACAAACUAUGUAAUUGGGAUGGUGAAUUUUUUUGCGUGCACCACCUUUCUCAGACAACAUCAGGCGACUGCUGUUGGGUGCAUGAGAUGGGAAAAUUCAGACAAUUCAUAUGAAAAUAAGGAUGCUUAA